CCUCCCACCUCUGAACCCUUUUAUAUUUCUUCUCUUGCUCCUCUGGCGUUUCUUCCUUAAAAAAACGCGAAAUAAUUUCGAGCGAAAACCUUCGCCCGACGUCGAUCUUCAUCUUUGCUCUAUAGACCCAGUGUACCUAAGUCACUAAUCCACGGCACCAAAGGGUCGUCACUCGACACAUUCGGCCCCGACUACAGCACGAACGACAUUAGCCAAGGCAUCGUCAAAAUGGAAUACACUGCCGAGGAGUUGGCUAACAUCAAGAAGAGAAUCAGCGAAAACAUGGCCAGUGUGGCAGAGCAGCAACGAGAGCUUGACGACACAUUAGCCUUCAUCGCCGAUCUCGAAAGCGAGAGUCUUCGUCAGAUGGCUAGGAGUUCCUCUAGUUCAAGGAAGAAGAGAAAUUUGCCAGAGCCAAAGCCCGUGGAAGAACAGAAAGCGGACAUGGAGCGAAAGCGAGCGAGAAUAGAACGAAAUCUUGGGCUCAUGUGGGAGAAGAUUCAUGAUUUGCAGGAGCAGGAGCGGAUGUUAGAAGGGAAAUAACAGACUCCCCUAGCGUUUAUUGUAUUUCGACUGAAGCAGUUCUUAACUCCAAUUAUACUUCUUCUUCAACG